AUGUCAUCAGUUACCGUGCACGUGGCUUUGCUGAGUGGUGAGCAGACUACCAUCGUUCUGCCGUGGCUCGCCACGAUUGAAGAGCUGCGCCAAAUGGCCCAGGAGGAGGUCAGCAAGAGCCUCGGGAAACUCGUUAGCAGCUCAGGCGCAGUCCUGCUGCCAUCAGAUACACUCCAGCAAGCAGGCGUGCAAGCUAACGAUGUCAUCACGGCUGUCGUUCAGGACGUGGUGAUCGCAGCAACGAAGCAUGCAUUUGCAGCGAUCCUUAGCAGUGGCACCGUAGUGGCGUGGGGAGCCCCGCACGCCGGCGGUGAUUGCAGUGCAGUUCAGCAUCAGCUGCAGAAUGUGCAACAGAUCCAGUCAUCCGCGUUUGCCUUCGCUGCUCUCUUGGCUGAUGGUUCUGUUGUAACCUGGGGGAGGCAGGAUAGUGGGGGUGACAGUUCCAUGGUACAAGCCCAGCUCCACAGUGUCUGCCAGAUCCAAGCCAACCUCAGAGCCUUUGCCGCAAUCAAGGCGGACGGAUCCGUGGUAACCUGGGGAGACCCCUGGUCAGGUGGCGAUUGCGGUGCAGUGAGAGAUCAGCUGCAGGAUGUGCAGCAAAUCCAAGCAACCAACGGGGCUUUUGCAGCCAUACGAACGGGGCGACAGGUGGUGACAUGGGGCCAGCGUGCCUUUGGGGGGGACAGCUCGAAAGUUCGCAACAGCUUGCAAGACAUUCUACAGGUCUACAACGCCGGGUGGGGCUUUGCAGCCAUCAAAGCCGGCGGCCGGAUUGUGUUCUGGGGCCUGACGGGAGAUGAUCUAGGUGAGCAAUCUACUGGGCUUGACAGCAUUGAUUUCUUCCAGGCUGCUGAAUAUUAUUGGGCUGCUGCCACAAAAGACGGGCACUUGGCGCUUGGCUUUGAGUCAGUCAGCGGCCACGGGAGCAUGCUGGUCCCAGACGGUGCUGGUGCAGCUGGUAUGAUGCGCCUUGACAAGGCCAUCGCUGUGGUUCAGCCGGAUGGAACGGUGCGACUUUGGGGUCACUCUAUCCCAAAAUGGCUUAGCAGUGGACUAAGGAACGUUGUCCGACUGCAAGCGGCAUCGGCGUGGGGGCCUUACGCCGCAAUCCGUUCAGACGGGUCUGUUGUGACAUGGGACCAAGACUUCAAGCAGGCAGCAAGCAAGGCUGUGCAGGCCCAGCUGAUAGACGUCAGAAACAUACAAGCAACUGAGAACGCUUUUGCCGCGCUUCGAGGGGAUGGGUCGGUGGUGACUUGGGGGCAAGCUGACUGGGGCGGCGACAGUGACGCGGUGCAGGGACAGUUGAAGGACGUUGUCUCCCUUCAGGCGACUUGUGGCGCCUUUGCUGCGGUCCGUUCUGACGGGUCUGUGGUAACUUGGGGAUUCCCUUCCUCUGGAGGCGACAGCCGAGCUUGCGAAUGGGGUAGACCAAAGAAGCCCAGCAAGCAGAUUCCCAGAGCCAAGCCGCUGGCUAAGACUGCCCGGGCCAAUGCCAAGUCGGUGUUGAAGAGGCCUUCCAAAACAAGCAGGGUUUAUAUAGGGUUUAGGGUCUAG